AUGGCAGAUUCCCCCGCCGUCUUUGCCCCGGUUGACCCGGCAGAGCAGCCGAUACUCGAGCGCCUCAUAACUAUACGGGACGGCUUGGUGCUGAUCAAGCAGGACAAAUCUACAUACGUCAAGUCCCAUGAUGUUAUUCCUUUCUACGAUCAGGCCAUCGAGCAGGUGCAGAUAUUGAACCAACAUCGUGCGGGUCGGAGAGUGGCUCAAAACAGAGUUGACAAUGUUUUGGACGAUUGCUUUCAAUUAAUCUCACUGCUGUUUCUAACGGUUGGGAAGAACAACGAAGCACCAGCUGUAGAGGCCGCAUUCUUCAGCCAGAAGGAUCUCGACUCGAUAAGCGGCAGUCUUGAUGGAGUCGAAAGCAAUAUACGUCGUGGCAAAGAUACAUACUCGCCUCAUCUGCUCACGCUCCUUGAGACUAGAUUAGAGACGUGCCGCUCUCAAUUGGCUGAAUUACAACACGACCUCUCCUUGCUUUCUCCAGAGCUCACCCCAACGCACGAAAUUCUAGUGUCUAUAUUAAGGUCUACUUCCGCAGCAAACACAAGGUCCAAGUUUUCUGCAUCUGAGGUGCUCGGUUUUAAAGACCAGCUGAAUGCAAUCAAGUCUAAAAUGGUUGAUGGAAACUUUGUGGCUGCUGAUGGAUCCAUUCCUGCUGGCCAAAGAAUAGUGAAAGACUUACUAGAAAAGUGUUUCAAAUGGUCCGAUAUCGUACUUGAGCGACAAGGACAGGUCAACGAAGCUUUCUUAGAUUACUAUAAUCAGCUUAUCGAUAUCAGAAACCAGCUUGACAGGUUGUCUAUGACUCAUGCGUGGUCAUUACGUGAAUCAGACCUCUAUAUGUAUCAGAGAAAACUCAACAAAAUCGACGAAUGCCGAGUGGAUGGUAACUUUUUGGAUGCAUCGGGAAAGCCUGCUGAUCUACAUGCACAAAGAACCCUUCUUUACCUAAUUCGGCGAAGCUACGCCUUGAUAUAUGGUCUUCUUGUUUCCUCUGAGCCAGUAUCAGAAGCACUGCUGCCGAUAUAUAAUCAGCUACAAACACUGAGAAAGUGUCUAAUAGAAGUCAAGGAAUCAGGAGGAGUAUCAAGUGCCAGAGAGCUUUACCCAUAUAGUAUGAAGCUCAACUCGAUCGACAACAUGCGAGUUGAUGGCAAAUUCUACAUCGGUUCAGACCUCCCCGAGGGCCAAGGCGGUGUCAACGAGCUUCUUGCAGAAUGCUAUGACCUCUGCUACGAUCUACGUGCAGAUGCUGAAGACAUAGCUUCCCCCCAGUCAUGA